AACCCAUUCCCUUCACGACUGCGCCAACGAGACUGUUGCUUCUUCCUGCAGAUCACACAAUUCACGACUAGCACCACGAUAAUCGCAAAGCUCACGAUAGAGCACGAUAUUACUCCAACUCGGGCCUACAGAAUCCUCGAGCAGCCGGCCUCCCAACACCAAGGAUGGCCGAAGAGUUCAGUGAAGGAAGGCUGGAGACGACGGUGGACAAGCCGCAGAAAGAGCUUCCUGGCACCAAAGAUGCAUAUGUAUCGUAUCUAGUUACCACUCAUUCCGACUACCAAUCCUUUCAACGUCCCGACUUCUCCGUCCGUCGCCGCUUCACAGACUUCGUCUUCCUCUACAAACAAUUGUCGAAAGAGUACCCGCAAUGUGCGGUCCCGCCGCUGCCAGACAAGCACAAGAUGGAGUAUGUGCGGGGAGACCGGUUCGGGCCAGACUUCACGCAGCGGAGAGCACACUCGUUGCACCGGUUUCUCAAGCGCAUAACGCUGCAUCCUGUGCUCCGGCGGGCCAUGCUUUUUAUAACUUUCCUCGAGACCCAGGACUGGAACCAGCACAUGAAGGGACGGUCGUCGCGAGGAACCAGCGUCUCCGAACAGGCGGGAAGCAGCGGAAUCGUAGAGUCCAUCACCGACAGCCUGUUGAACACAUUUAGCAAAGUCCACAAGCCGGACAAGCGGUUCAUAGAGGUCAACGAGCGGGCAUCGAAGCUCACAGACGACCUCUCCAACGUAGAAAAGGUGACGGUCCGAGUAGCCAGGCGCCAGGCAGACCUCGAGACCGACUACGCAGACCUCGCGACGCAGUGCCAGAAGCUCAUCACGCUCGAACCCGGCGUCGAAGGCCCGCUAACAUCAUUCGCAUCAUCGGUCUCCACGACCUCCCAGGGUUUCAAAUCGAUCAAGGAGCACACCGACCAGAACUACCUCACCAGCCUGCGGGACAUGGACGCCUACAUCCUCGCCCUGCGGGCCCUCCUCCGCACCCGCGAGACCAAGCAGCUCGACUUCGAAGCCCUGACCGACUACCUCGCGAAGUCGGCCGCCGACCGCGACCAGCUCGCCUCGCAGCACGGCACCUCCGGGCUUGGGGCCUCUGGCUUCCUGCGCUCCAAGGUCGAAGACCUCCGCGGCAUCGACCACGAGCAGUCGCGCCGCCAGCGCGUCCGCAAGCUCGAAGUCGAGAUCGAACGCCUCACCGGCGAGGUCGAGAACGCGAAGAAGGCGACCGAGGCGUUCGACGAGCACACGGUCAAGGAGGUCGCCGACUUCGAGCGCAUCAAGGCCGUCGAGUUCAAAGACACGCUCGGCGACCUCGCACAGGCCAACAUCGAGUUCUUCCAGGGCACCAUCGAGACGUGGGAGAAGUUCCUCCAGGACAUGACCAAGGAGGAGCAAGAGCGCAAGGCGGCCGCAGCGUCGUCCUCCGCCGGGCCGGGCACCGCUGUACACUGA